AUGCAUAAAAAAUUGCGCGAGCUGUCGCUGGCGUUGUUCUACUCGAUGGGCACGCAGGUCCUCGUCAACGCCGUCCACACCUAUCUGCCGCUGCUUGUAAUUAUAUUUUUCUACGUGAGCCCGAAAUUUCCGGAAGCUUGGAGAUUCGCGCAACUCGUGUAUAGCGCGCAAUGCGUUAGCUGUUCGGUGAUAACCUUGUAUACCAGCAAGUACUAUCGACGCUACACCAUGAAAAUUUUCGCCGAGAACUUCUGCUGCGCACGGCAGUCGACGAUCGGAAUCGCUUCGACAACUAUGACGAAAGAGCUGGGCAGACGGAAUGUUGAGAUGCGCAAUUCUUCAUUCAGACUGAAUAUACCUUAUUUCUGU